AUGGCAGCCGAGGGAAGUCCAGUUUGUGGUGGGGUUAAGCUGUUCCACACUGAAUGUGCUGGGAAACACUUGUAUGAAGUGAAAGGUUUUUUAAACCACAACAAAGGAAUGUUUACAAGCACGGGAGAUAAACUCCUAAUGAUAAACAACACAAACGUGGAGGAUCUGACUCCAACAUCAUUGGCUGAUCUUCUGACUGAAGGAUCCGCCUUACUUACGAUACAUCACCCAUCCAAAAACAAAUCAAAUGAAGAGUGUGAAUCAGAGGAACUCCGUGUCGACAGCAAGGAGCGAACAGUCAUGAGUUUCAGCCUGCUGAUGGUGAGAGAUGUGGAGUUGGAGGCAGAUGUGAUACCGGAAUCAGAUUCAGAGUGCGAAGAUGAAAUCGAAGACAAGCUUUUCAGUGACAAAAAUCUGCUGAUUGUCUCCAUGGAAGAUGCAAGCUUCAACAUGGUUGUAGCUCGAGGUUGUGACCCUGACAACCCUUGCAAUGACUGUGGAAAGACCAACUGCCAAUUGAAUGAAGUUGUCGUCUUGCCUACAAAUGCUAAAAUUAGCUCUUGUUCUGCAAAGGUUUUGCAUUUCAAAAAAGAAAAGAAAAACUUGUUUUUGAAGAGUUUAUUCAACGAAAAGUAUGUCACACCAGAUAAUCGCCAAAUAUGUUUGAGUAGCACCAUGUCAGCACCAAUUACCAUCUACUCUUACCGUGUCAACUCAGUGGACAAUCCAGGUGUUCCUGUUGUGUUGAACUUCACUGGAACACAAAACUUUUUCAGCUGCACCACGAAGCAAGGUGCAGACACGAAGAUUUUAACCGUUGUGUCUUACAGUAAGAGCGAGCUGCAAAAGAUCUGCGCCGGGGACACAGAGAAAUGGUCACUUGUGUUCUACAAGUCUUGUGGACCAGACUGUUUCCAACGGUUUGAGUCGGCUCUCCACAGAGGAUGGUUUAUCUGCACCAAAAAUAUUGCCAACAAUGACGCGAAUGUGUACAUGGGCAAAGGUGUUGAGCGUGACAAACCACUCAACACCUUUUUCGUCAUAAUUGAGAGUGAGAAAGCGAUUUGCUAA